AUGAAGGAGGUAGUUAGGAAGGAAGUCCUGAAACUUUUGGAUGCGGGUAUCAUUUACCCCAUCACUGAUAGCAAGUGGGUUAGUCCCACUCAAGUGGUACCUAAGAAGUCAGGAGUAACUGUGAUUGUCGAUGAGAAUGAUGAGUCAAUUCCAACUUGUAUUCAAAUGGGUUGCCGCGUGUGCAUUGAUUACAUCAAAUUGAACUCUUACACUAGGAAGGAUCAUUUUUCGCUUUCAUUUUUGGACCAGAUCCUAGAGAGAGUGGCUGGUCACUCUUUCUACUAUUUUUUGGAUGGGUAUUCUGGUUACAAUCAGAUCGAGAUUGCCUUAAAGGACCAAGAAAAAAACUACUUUCACUUGUCCUUUAAGCACAUUUGCUUACAGGAGAAUGCUCUUUUGAUUGUGUAA